AUGGCGACUUCGAUGAUGCAGCACAACAAGUACCAGGACGAGCAGCAGGACCAGGUCCUCCUCGACGAGCAGAAGCAGAACAUCUGGAAGCUUCUCACCGCCCCCACCAACCGCACCAAGUCCGCCGCUGCGGCCGAACCCACCGCCGACGACGUCGCCCAACAGGAGGAGCUUCUGGCUGACUUCGUGAGGCACGUCAAGAACACGAUCGCCAUUCCGCCUCAGAACCCUGAGAAGAUCUCCAAUGCCGUGGUCUACCGCGCGCUCACCCUUGUCCUGCGCGACAAGCUGCUCGAGCGCUUCCACGCGACGCACAAGCACUUUGAGGAGCAGGGCGUCAAGGAGACGUCGUACCUGUCGCUCGAGUUCCUGAUCGGCCGCUCGAUGCAGAACACCAUCAGCAACCUCGAGCUCCUGUCCGAGUACGCGCAGGCCAUGAAGCGCCUGGGCUACAAGCUGGAGGACCUCUACGAGGAGGAGUGCGACGCCGGCCUGGGCAACGGCGGCCUGGGCCGCCUGGCCGCGUGCUUCAUGGACUCGCUCGCGACGCUCAACUACCCGGCCUGGGGCUACGGCCUGCGCUACACCUACGGCAUCUUCACGCAGAAGGUGGUCGACGGCUACCAGGUGGAGACGGCCGACGCGUGGCUCACGGGCGGCAACGGCUACCCGUGGGAGGUGGAGCGCAAGGACGUCGUCUACCCGGUGCGCUUCUACGGCGAGGUGAUCCAGGUGGGCUACAAGAAGUACAAGUGGACCGGCGGCGAGGUGGUCAUGGCGCAGGCCUACGACAACCUGGUGCCCGGCUACCGCACCAACAACACGCUCUCGAUCCGCCUGUGGAGCGCCAAGACCCCGCACGAGAUGGACCUGGCGGCGUUCAACGCCGGCGAGUACGGCCGCGCGUUCGAGAACAAGGUGCGCACGGAGACCAUCACCUCCGUGCUCUACCCGAACGACCACCACUACAACGGCAAGGAGCUGCGCCUCAAGCAGCAGUUCCUCUUCGUCUCGGCCACGCUCCAGGACAUCCUCAACCGCUUCAAGCGCCGCCACUUUGGCAAGAACCUCGAGCUCUACGCGCAGCUGUCGAUGAAGCAGAAGGUGGACCACUUCCGCCAGUUCUCCGACGAGGUCGCCAUCCAGCUCAACGACACCCACCCCACCCUCGGCAUCCCCGAGCUCAUCCGCCUGCUGGUCGACGAGGAGGGCCUCGAGUGGAAGCAGGCCUGGAAGAUCUCCAAGCGCACCUUUGGCUACACCAACCACACCGUGCUCCCCGAGGCCCUCGAGGAGUGGCCCGUGUGGCUCGUCGAGCGCCUGCUGCCGCGCCACCUCCAGAUCAUCUACGACAUCAACUACCAGUUCCUCGAGAAGAUCCACGCCCGCUUCGGCGGCGACAUGGACAAGAUCAGCCGCCUGUCGGUCAUCCGCGAGGGCCCCGAGAAGAUGGUGCGCAUGGCCAACCUCGCCAUCGUCGGCUCGCACGCGGUCAACGGCGUCGCCGCGAUCCACUCGGAGCUGGUCAAGACCCUGGUCUUCCCCGACUUCUACGACGUGUGGCCCGGCAAGUUCCAGAACAAGACCAACGGCGUCACCCCGCGCCGCUGGGUCAUGCAGUCCAACCCCUCGCUCACCCGUCUCAUCACCGACACCAUCAAGGAUGACAGCUGGACCCUGGACAUGCGCCCGGUGGAGAAGCUGCGCGCGUUCGCCGAUGAUGCCGAGUUCCAGCGCAAGUGGCUCGAGGUCAAGCGGAUCAACAAGAUGCGGCUGCAGAAGCACAUCCAGAAGGUGAUGGGCAUCGAGAUCUCGCUCGACGCCAUCUACGACGUGCACAUCAAGCGCAUCCACGAGUACAAGCGCCAGCUGCUCAACAUCCUGUGCGUGAUCGACCGCUACCGCACCAUCAAGCGCAUGGAGCCCGAGGAGCGGCGCCAGGUGGUGCCGCGCGUGGUGAUGUUCGCCGGCAAGGCCGCGCCGGGCUACUUCAUGGCCAAGCUCAUCAUCAAGCUCACCAACAACGUGGCCAACGUCGUCAACAACGACCCGGAGAUCGGCGACCUGCUCAAGGUGGUCUUCAUCCCCAACUACAGCGUGAGCCAGGCCGAGAUCAUCAUCCCCGGCACCGACCUCUCGCAGCAGAUCUCGACGGCCGGUACCGAGGCCUCGGGCACGGGCAACAUGAAGUUCGCCAUGAACGGCGCCCUCAUCAUCGGCACGCUCGACGGCGCCAACAUCGAGAUCCGCGAGCACAUCGGCGAGGACAACAUGUUCAUCUUUGGCGCGCGCGCCGAGGAGAUCGACGGCCUCAAGGCCAAGCUGCGCGACGGCUCGCUCAAGAUGGACAAGCGCUUCGCCGAGGUGCUCCGCAUGAUCGGCCUCGGCAUCUUCGGCGACGCCAAGACCUUCGAGCCCCUCAUCUUCUCCCUCCAGGACGGCCGCGACCGCUACCUCCUCUCCCACGACUUCCAGGACUACCUCCGCGCCCAGGCCGAGGUCGACGAGGCCUGGAAGGACCGCAAGAGGUGGCUCCGCAUGUCCAUCAUGUCCACCGCCGGCACCGCCGCCUUCUCCUCCGAUCGCACCAUCCACAAGUACGCCAAGAAGAUCUGGGACAUCCAGGCCUGUCGCUCGACCAGCCCCAGGUCCUAA